CAAAAAAAAAAAAAAACAGGUCGGAAUAUUCUAAACCGAACAAACCAACCCAACGGCCAACACUACAGAAUCCGAUUUUGCUGACACUGAGAAUCAAGUCGGGUCGAAUCAACUCCAAUCAAAUCGCCUGCCUCCAUCUUCGGUUGAACUCUCCAAGAAAAUCUUCAAGAAACAUGGCGUCGCCGGCCGUCGCCAACCCCAAAGCCGCCCUUGUCGUCUUCUUUGGGACGCUGGUCUUCACGCUCCUCAGCCUCCCUGACGGCGCGACCUGCAUCCCCGUUGAAGAGCUCGACACCGCGCUCGCCGCCGUCCGCUCCCACGGCUACAACCUCACCGCCAAUGCCAUCGCCGCAUCUGACCUCCGCUUUGACCUCCUCUCCACUGCCUCCCUCACCAUCUUCGCCCCGGUUGACUCUGCUAUCUUCGCCCUCGGCAUGACCCUCCCUGCACCUGCCUACAUCUCCGCCCUCCGCUCCCAUGUGGUCCCCCGCCGCCUCUCCGCCGCAGACCUCCGCCACAUCCGUUCCAACUCCGUGUUCCCCACACUCCUCCCCUCGCGGUCUCUCUGCGUGACCGUGAGCCAGCAUUCCAACGCAAUUGCGGUGGACGGCGUGGAGCUGGUGGUGCUCGGGGUUUUCUAUGGCCCUGGCGUGGCAGUGCACGGGCUCCGUGGCGCUCUGAGCAUCCGGUCUCAGUUUGGAGCAAUCGAAGGCAGUGCUCCUCCUCCAGUACUUCGCCGUCGCUCCAGUUCAAUCUUUUUCCGGGUUCCCAAGGUUGCUUGGCCGUCCAGCCGCGUGAAUGAUCAUUCUGGUCAGCCCGCUGUCAACCUCACUGAUUCGUCGCCUCCAGAAUCACAAGAGAGCUAUUUGCUGUCGCCGGAGGCUCCGCCAUACACAGCGCCGGAGAUUCAACCCUUGUCAGUCCCUUUGCCCUCCCAGGCGGAGAUUAGUUCUGUUGCUCCAAUGGGUAAGGACAGUGGCGAUGGUGACAGGAGAGGAAGAUUUGGGCUUCCGGGUAAUCUGAUGCUGACAACGAUGCCGCUGUUCAACGGGGGUGGCGGGCGAGAGGGUUCUCUCAGGAUAUCCGAGCCUUUCAACGAGGAAACCAUGUCCAUUGAGGAAGUCCUUGAGGACGAUGAUGAGUUUUGGGAUGAGGAUCCCCACUUGGCUUGA